UUAUGCUCCGGAUCACCCCUCCCCUGCCAGCGCCAGUGAACCUGACCGCGCCCCCGGAUCCUCAGUCACUCGUCUCCCUCUCCUUUCCUCUGCGCGCGCACCGUGACCGGAGAUGCCGACGGCGACCCCGACGGCGACGGGCCUGGCGACGGCACCGGGCAGCCGCGUGACGCGGUACGCCAAGUCGACGGCGGCGUCGGUCACGCCGGUGCGCCCCGGCAAGACGCACGAGCUCUCGGCGCUGGACAACGCCAUGGGCCGCCACGCCGUGCACCUGGUGCUCUACUGCCGCGCCGCGCCCGGCGUCGACCGGGACCCGCUCAAGGAGUCGCUCUCCGAGGCGCUCUCGCUCUACCCGGCCAUGGUCGGCCGGCUCACCCGCCCCGAAGGAGAGGGCGGCCCCGCGGCCGGCUCCGGGUGGAUUGUCAAAUGCAACGACGCCGGCGUGCGCACCGUGGACGCGAGGGCGUCGGUCACGCUUGACGAGUGGCUCGCCACGGCGUCCGGCGACGACGAGAUGGACCUCGCCUACUUCGAGCCCAUGGGGUCCGAUGCUUACAUCUGGUCUCCCUUCUACGUCCAGCUGACGGAGUUCGCGGACAAGUCGUACGCGCUGGGGCUGAGCUGCACGCACUACCACAACGACCCCACGGCGGCCGCGCUCUUCUUCCACGGCUGGGCCGCCGCCCACCGCCGGAGCACCAGCCCCUACCCGCCCUUCCUCCACUCGCCGUCCUUCGCCGUGCCCCCGGCCGCCUCGCCGCCCCCGGCGCCGCCUCUGCUCGCCGCCAAGUCCGCGGCCGCUCCGCCUAGCGCCGACGCCGCCGACGCCAUGUCAUCCGCAACGUUCCACUUCCCGGCCGACGCCAUGCGCGCGCUGCUGUCCUCCCUCGAGCCCGAGACGAGCCCCUUCGCGGCGCUCGCCGCGCUCUUCUGGCUCCGCGUCGCCGGCGCCGAGGAGAGGGAGCUCACGCUCGCCAUCGACUUCCGCAAGAAGAUGCACGCGCCGCUGCCGACGGGGUACUACGGCAGCGUCGUCCACUUCACGCGCGCGCGCGCCGACCUGGCGUCGGGGCUCGCGGCCGUGGCGGCGGCGCUGGACCGGCGCGUGGCCGGCGUGCCGGAGGAGGAUGUGUGGGCCGCCGUGGAGUGGCUGCACGCGCGGCAGGCCGAAGGCGGCGAGCCCUUCCAGAUGUACGGGCCAGAGUUCACCUGCAUGGCGCUGGACCACGUGCCCAUGUACGGCGCCGAGUUCGUGGCCGGGGUGCCGCCGGCGCGCGUGGCAUGCCGCGUCGGCGGGGCGGCCGGAGAGGGGAUCGUGAUCGUCGUGCCCGCGGCCGAGGGCGACGCGGCGAGGGACGUGGUGGUGACGCUCCCGGCAGAGACGACGGCCAGGAUCUGCCGCGACGUCGAGCUGCUCCGGUACGGCGGCGAGGUGGUGGCUGGGCCUAAGGUGGGAACGGGGGCCAAGGCACAGUAGGAUCCACGGCCGAAUAAAAACUGGCUGUUAACGGUUUCACUGUAUGUUCGCUUUAGCUUGAUGGUGAUGCCUUCGAAUGGUUUUGAUGUACUUCCCUGAUGUAAUGUGCACGUGAAUGCUAGUGUUCUGGUGUUGUUAUUGCUGUAGUAGUUUUGAAGGUUUUAUAUUGGGAGUUUAAACAUUCAUGGUCA